UGAGGAAUUGAAAAAAUUUACAGUUGGAAAGUUGAACAUUUUCAGUGGAUCCUAUUGUCAGGAUAGACUUCUUGUCUUUCAUUUAUUUAUCCCUGUUAUAUUAAACAUAUGACAUGUUUUUUCUUGGGGAAUAGAAAAUUCCAAUGAAGCGAAAGUCUAAAGUUUAAAUGUUUGGCAACAGAUUAAGACUUUCUCAAAGGUGAUUACGAUGCGCUACAAUCAUGGCCAUUUCAAAAGAAGAUCACAAUGAUGUUAAUGGAUCAAGGAAAUGAGAGGAGCCCACAGUUUCAACACUUCAGCAGCAUCAUAGUCAGCUAUAACGCUGGGUUGAAGAAAGACGAUCCAGACAUGAAGAAACAAUUACUUUGACACAAUUUAUUGAUAUGUUGAGUGAUCGAAGUGUAAGCAAAGAUGAUGCAACGGAAUUGUUCAAUCAGUUUGACGUAGAAGGAGAUGGCGUUCUUGAUCCUGAUUUUUUACAUAAUGCUCUUGUAACAUCUGGGACGAUGCAUGCACAGAAAGGAGAAUUAAGUUCAUCUCUGAAGACAUUGAAAGCAUGUUCAAUAUGUCCAGGAAUAAUUGAUGCAUUUGUUGCAAAUAAACAUUCAAUUUCUGACCAUGGCAAACGCCUUUUAAAGGUGAUUCUACGCAAUCGAGCUCCAAGUCCAUCCAUUCAGACACCUGUAAUUGAAGGAUUUUGCAACACAACAGAAAUGAGAUUAAAAGUUUUAAAUUCUCAUUUGAAGGUUAUAAAGGUUAAAGCUGAGUUGAAGAAAAAUGAACCAUCGUGUGAAGCGGGGGAGUAUCUUCGUCCUUUGACCAAAUGUUUUAGUUCAACAGAAACAUCCAGCAACAAAGCUGAUGUUUUCAGGUUAACGAAUGGAGAUAGUAAUACCUACUGGCAAUCUGAUGGACAGCUAGAUCACACUGGAUUAGAUUACGAAUGAGAUCAAAUGUUGUUGUAAAAGAGCUUUCCAUCAAUGUAGCAAAAAUUUGUCAAUAUCUUAAAGUUAUUACAUAUCAACAUGUGCGUCAAGAUCUCGGUAGGCGGCGAGUUGACUCGUGACAUUCAAUACAACAAUAGAGUGAAGCUAGGUUGUAUACUUGCUCCCACCCUCUUCUCCUUCUUUGCGACUGCUCUCUUCACAUAUGCCUUUGAAAACAUACCUGAAGAAGGCAUAUACAUACGAUCCAGGAUGGAUGGCUCGCUCUACAACCUUCGUCGCCUCCAAUCCAGCACCAAAUGCACGCGGACACUGAUGAGAGAAUUUCAAUAUGCAGAUGAUUGCGCUUUUGUUGCCAACUCGGAGGAAUCCCUUCAGCGCAUUAUGGAUAGCUUCGAGGCUGCUACCAAAUCCUUUGGCGUUAUCAUCAACACGAAGAAAACAGAAUUUCAAAUGAAAGACUACAGUCCUUCCAUUUUUGCACUUUUUUAUGCUAAAGACUAUAGUCUUUGCAUUCUAACACACUUUUAGACAAAUGACUAUAUUCUUUGCAUUUUUACACACUUUUACGCAAAAGACUAU